GGGGAGGCAGAGGGCAGGGCCCCAUCCCUGGAGCAGAGCUCAUGGCCUCCCAGACGGACAAGUCCCUGCUGUCGGCAGAGCUGGAGGAGGAAGACGAUGAGGAGUUCAGACAGCUGCUGCUCCAGGCCACCCAGAAGAUCCAGAGCGCAAUGCCUUCGGUGCGUGACUCGAAGCCGAUCCAGCCUCAGCCUGGCUUCUGCAUUAAGACCCACGCGGGCUCCCAGGAGAAGGUGUUUGUGAACAUCUGCCGUUCGCUGCACAUCCCGGCGCCCCCCGACCUCAGCCGCCAGGAGCUGGAGUGUCUCGUUGAGUCGGAUAGCGCCUCAUCCUUCCGCAUCCCCAUGAGCCUGGGGGAGCCCCACGCUGAGCUGGACAACAGCGGGAACGGCUGCACCGCGUACGACGUGGUCAUCAACUCCGGCUUCUUCAGCAAAGUGGAGGCAGACCCCUUCUUCAAAGAGUUCUUCAUCACCAUCGCCCUGGAGGGGCUGGCAGACAAAUACAAGAUGGACAUCAAUCACCCAGCGUGGCGAAUCCUGAAAAACCGGAAGUUCAUGGGCUCCAUUUCGGGACAGACCAUCCGCACCAAGUCCAGCCCCAUCAUACAGGAGAUGGACUUCAGCUCCCCUGUGCUCCCCAAAUUCACCAUCCUGGCAGAGCCGGCGGGAGGGCCCCCCGAAUUCCUGCUGGCUGAGAUCCACCUGCCCAGAGUGGGCUCGGCACGGGAGCUCUCCCUGGAGCUGGGGCAGGACCGGAUCGUGUUGCGGGGGGGCCCAGACCCCUACGUCCUCGACUUCUACAUCCCCCACGACAUCGUCCCAGAGCGCAGCCACGCCCGCUUCCACCGGCGCACCGCGGUGCUGACUGUGAAGAUGCCCAUCCAGCCCCAGCUGGGGCCCCCCUGAGCAGACCACCCCUCUGCCCUUAGGAGAGACUCCAGGAUCCAGAGUGGGGGGGCCUCCACCAGACCAAGGGGGAGCCGGCAUGUGGGGGGUUGGGUCUGUGAUGCCCAGCAGCAAUGGGUGGAU